GCCCUCUGUCAUAUCCUUCCCGCCGCUCGUUCCUUAUCUUCAUCGCCACCGCGCCAGCCAUUACAGACUCUGUGAAGCUCAGUUUGGAUUGAGAAAGAGAUGACGCUCAACAUGGGUUCUCCUUCGCUCUCCCAUCCCUCUCCUUUUCUCUCCAAGCUCUCUGUAUCUUCUUCCAAAACCAGCGCCAUCUUCUCUCUCCUCUUUGGUUCCAAUUCCCAAUCCUCCGCUUUCAAACCCCCCUUUUCUAUUUCCUCCGGCUCGAGGAUGAACUUCGAGGUGAAGGCCUCUUUGGGCGGUAACCGGAACGGGAUCGCGGAGAACCACAAUUCGGCGCUGUUGGAUGAUGAUUUACUUGCUCGCGUGUCUGCGGCGAAGGAUGCGAAUGAAGCCUUGGAGAUGAUUGGAGGGAACUCGAAGAGACCUACUGGGGGCGUUGUGGGUACUUCUGAUUGCUGUUCUAUUUUAAUCGCCGCGCUUGAGCGUAACAAUGCCCAUUUGGCGUUAUCGAUUUUCUCUGCCAUGCGUUCCAGCUUCGAUCAAGGUGUUAGCAACAGUAACAAUCUUUUGGAGAGAUGGAAGUGGUCCAGGCCUGACAUACGCAUAUACACAACAUUAAUUGGGGGUCUGGCUGCGUCACUGAGGAUAUCAGAUGCCCUUAGGCUGAUUGCUGAUGUCUGCCGUGUGGGAGUAUCUCCUGGUGAGGAGGUCCCUUUUGGUAAGAUUGUGAGAUGUCCUAGAUGUUUGAUGGCUGUUGCAGUUGCACAACCCCAACAUGGGAUUCAGAUAGUGUCUUGUUCCAAGUGCCGCUACCAGUAUGAGCUUGUUUCUGGAGACAUAGUUAGUAUUGAGUCACAAGAAAUCAGCAUGGAUGUUCCAGCAUGGGAAAGGACCCUAAACUUCCUGCAGAUAAUGAAAGAAAGCAGUCCAGCUGCCGUUCACUCCAUUGUGGUGCAGAUUCCUUCUGGGAUGGCACGCACGCACAGGUUUGCUACUAAAACAGUUGAUCUCCCUGCGCGAGAAGGAGAAAGAGUAACCAUUGCUUCGGCAGCUCCAUCAAGUGUUUUUAGAGAGGUGGGGCCCUUCAAAUUUAGUCCAAAAGACAUGAAGUUCUAUCCUGGAGAGCCUCUGUCACUCACAAACCACAGAGAUGGGCGGGAAUCAUUAUUAUUGAGAGCACCCCUUAAAAAUGGAAGCUCCUCCUUACUGAACCCUUCCACCCUUUUUCCACUUCUUGCUGUGCUGGCUACUGGUGAUGCUGCCUCUGGAAUUAUUGAUCCCAACUUGCCUCGGUUCAUUUCAGUUGCUGCAGUUGCAUCUUUUGCUCUUGGAGCUACUAUAAACACAGUAGUUUUGCCUCAACUGAAUCAACUUUCACAGAAGUCAGUGGAGGCAAUUGCCAUCAAGCAACAACUUUUGUCUCAGUAUGACACACUUCAGUCUCGCAUCGAGAACCUGAAAGGAGCUGCUGAAAAAGAGGUUUGGACAUUGGCUCGGAUGUGCCAGCUUGAGAACAAAAUUGUUGUUGUUGGAGAACCUUCUUAUCGUGCUAGGAGGAGAAGAGUCAAAAAGGUGCGAGAAAGCUUGGAAAAUUCUCUUAGGGGACGGAUUGAACUGAUUGACAGCUAUGCUAGAAUUUCUUCAAUGAUUGAAAUUGAAGUGGAGAUGGGUUCUGAUGUUCUUGCCGCUGAAGCAGCAAGUAAUGCAGAAAGUAUUGCUGAACAGAUAGAACAGAUCAUGGAGCUAGAAAGUCUUGAAGAGAAAUGGAGAGUGCAGGUUGAGGCAAAUGACGAGGUCGAAAGGCUUCUUAGUUCUGAACCUAUACCGACAGAAGAGUCCGUUUAACUGGUGGCGAAGAAUAUGAAGAAGCUACACAUAUGUUUGUGUAAAGUGGGGGAGUGGUGGCUUCAAGUUAGGCCCAUGCUCCUCGUGCGGCAAAAGCGAGAUGUAAGUGAAUGCUGUCCUGCCUGCACGCAGACCCAACUUGAGCUUUCAGUCGCACCCAUAUCUAUGUAUACUUCAAAAGUGAAGGGGUUGUAAUUUUUGCUUGCAACAAGUGUAUGUAAUGUUGGACGGUGAUGCUGCAUCACCGUUGUGCGGAAUGACUUUAAAUAUAUAUAGGGCGUGGAAAUGCCUCCGGGGGGCGGCGGCAUGCAGUUCAUGCAAAUCUCAUAAAUUGGUAGUGCUGGUGCAGCAACUCAAUGGGAUCCCUCGCCUCUCCACAUUUACUUCUGCAACGGGUUGGUGCCCCUCGGAAUACUAUACAUUUGGCAUUUUCACCAA